GAUUCUCCAACUGAAAUUUUGGUAAUUAUUUUCAUUGUCUUUCAUACCUUGUAGGAUAUGUUUAGUGGAGGAACUGAUACCUCAAGUGUACUCCUACUAUGGACAAUGGCAGAGCUUUUAAGGCAUCCUGAAGUCAUGAAAGAAAUUCAAGAGGAAGUGAGGGGGGUCGCAAGGGGUGAAGCAAUUAUUACAGAAGAUGAUAUUGAACAAAUGCACUAUUUGAAAGCAGUGAUUAAGGAGGCACUACGAAUGCAUCCUCCGGUCCCUUUGUUGGUUCCCCGUGAAUCGACAGAAAACAGCAAAAUACAAGGGUUUGAUAUUCCGGCCAAGACCACAGUAAUAAUCAAUGCAUGGGCCAUUGGAAGAGACCCUGUGUCAUGGGAUGAACCAGAUAAGUUUAAACCAAAGAGGUUCUUGAAUGAUGCUACUACCUCUAAUAUUGAUUUCAUGGGUCAUGAUUUCCAACUAAUUCCGUUUGGGGCUGGUCGGCGGGGAUGCCCGGGAAUCCAAUUUGCAAUCACCAUUGUUGAACUUGCAUUAGCCAGUCUUCUAUUCAAGUUUGAUUGGGCAUUGCCUAAUAGAGUGAGUGGGGAGGAUUUAGAUAUGACAGAAACUCCUGGGAUUAUGUGCCACUUGAAAUCUCCUCUUCUAGCUGUUGCAACUCCACACUUCUAAAAUGUUAGAAGGAAUUCAGCUUAUAUGAAAAUAAGGAAAAAGUUUUCCAC